AUGGGCGAAAACAGUGGCAAGGAUGGUGCUCAGGGACCUGUUUCCCCAUUGCUGCUCAACAACAAGACAAAGAAAGCCAUGGAGUCAAUCGCACCCAUUCUGGAAGGAUUUAGUCCUAAGACGUCAGCCAGCGAAAAUACAUCGUUGAAGUUGCCGCCUCCAAGUAGCCCCCAUGAUUCGCAGGUUGAGGACGAUAUAGGAGGCGAUAUGCCCCUGAACCGCAGCGUUAGCAUUAGCUCCCAGCAUUCGUCGGCUUCGUCAAGACCGGGGUUAUCUCCCACGAACUCUUGUGACAACGUUCAUGCAGGAAUCAUGCUGCAGAGGUUUAAAAGCAACUCGAACUUGAACCCAAAUACAUCGGCUCAUGGCAGUUCGCAAUCGGUUUCCCCGCAAGCCACAGCUGAUCAGGCCCAAGUGAACGACUCGUCGGCUAUCGAUGGGAUCGCAGAGACUGCCAACAGUUCGACCACCAGCUCUGCGGGCUCAUCUCGGAAACCUUCUGCGAACCUGGGAAAACCUCAGCUGCCCAAGAUAGGGAAGAUUGGUAUGUGCGCAAUGGAUGCAAAGGUGCUAUCUAAACCAUGCAGACACAUCUUGAACCGGUUGAUUGAAAACGGUGAGUUCGAAACCAUCAUCUUUGGCGAUAAGGUGAUUCUCGAUGAAAAUAAGGAGAGCUGGCCCACUUGCGACUUUCUCAUCAGUUUCUUCUCCUCGGGGUUCCCACUCAACAAAGCCAUUGACUACGUUGAACUUCGCAAGCCCUUUUUCAUCAACGAUUUGGUUAUGCAAAAGGCCCUGUGGGAUAGAAGACUAUGCUUGAAGCUACUGGAUGUCUCAGGGGUUCCCACCCCUCCUAGACUGGAAAUCAGCAGGGAUGGAGGUCCUCGCGUUGAUGCCUCAUUGCGAGCCAAAUUUCUAGAACGGGGCGUCGACAUCAAGCCAUGUAAGGAACCAGAAUGGAGAAUGGUAGGUGCUGACACGCUGGAGGUCAAAGGUGUGAAGAUGACGAAGCCAUAUGUGGAGAAGCCUGUCGACGGUGAAGACCACAACAUCUAUAUCUACUACCAUUCGAAGAACGGUGGUGGUGGGAGACGCCUGUUCCGUAAAGUAGGAAACAAAAGUUCAGAAUUUGAUCCUACAUUGACGUCGCCACGUACUGACGGGUCUUAUAUAUACGAGGAGUUUAUGGAUACUGACAAUUUCGAGGAUGUGAAGGCUUAUACUGUCGGCGAAGGUUUCUGUCAUGCUGAAACAAGGAAGUCACCAGUGGUUGAUGGCAUCGUGCGUAGAAAUACCCAUGGGAAGGAAAUUAGGUACAUCACUGAAUUGAGUCCAGAAGAAAAGGAAAUAGCGAAAAGAGUCACCAAGGCCUUCUCGCAAAUGAUCUGCGGAUUUGACCUAUUACGUGUGAAUGGAAAGAGCUAUGUCAUUGACGUGAACGGGUUUUCAUUUGUCAAAGAUAACUCUGCUUACUACGAUGCGUGUGCUAAGAUUCUGAGAGAGACUUUCCUGCAGGCCAAAAAGAGAAUGGAUCUCGAGAAACGCAAUUUGCCCGUAAUUAAAGAGGAGAAAACCCAAAAGUGGGUUUUCAAGGGUCUUGUAACUGUCAUUCGGCAUGCAGAUCGUACGCCAAAGCAAAAGGUGAAGCAUUCGUUCCGGUCACCUAUUUUUAUCUCCCUACUCAAGGGACAUAAAGAGGAGGUUGUUAUUAGGAACGCUUCUGAUCUGGAAAUAGUUUUGCAGGCUUUGAUGAUAGCUCAGGAGGAAAACACAGAGGACCCACAGAAGCUGAAAGUCCUGGCAAACGCUCUUGAGAAAAAGAUGGAACUUCCAGGUACUAAAAUUCAAUUGAAACCCGUCCUGAAUAGUGAGAAAGAAGUCGAAAAAGUUCAGUUUAUUUUGAAGUGGGGAGGUGAACCAACACAUUCAGCUCGUUAUCAAGCUACUGAGCUUGGUGAGCAAAUGAGACAAGAUUUUGACUUGCUGAACAAAAACAUUUUGUCUAACAUCAAAAUAUUCUCUUCCUCUGAGCGAAGAGUCCUGGCCUCAGCACAACUAUGGGCUAUGGCUCUCUUUGGCGCAGACGAAUUAGGGAGCGACGAGAUUAGGAUUCGAAAGGAUUUGUUAGACGACAGUAACGCUGCCAAAGAUAACAUGGACAAGGUGAAGAAACAAUUGAAACCACUUUUAAGAGAAGGUAAAGAGGCACCACCGCAAUUUGCGUGGCCUGCCAAGAUGCCCGAACCUUACUUGGUGAUCAAGCGUGUUGUUGAGCUGAUGAACUACCACAAACAUGUCAUGGACUACAAUUUCGAGACUAAAGACGUGGAGGAAAUGCAACGCAGAUGGUGCUGUGCUGAGGAUCCAAUGCUGUUCAAAGAACGGUGGGAUAAACUGUUCAAAGAAUUUGUCAGCGUCGAGAAGGUGGAUCCUGCCAAAAUUUCUGAACUAUAUGAUACGAUGAAGUAUGAUGCUUUGCAUAAUCGCCAAUUUUUGGAGCAAAUUUUUGCAUCUAGUGGUACAACGGCCAAAGCUACCGUCGAUCUAUGCAAGGACUCUCUAGUUGACCGGUAUCCGAUUAACAUCCUUGCGAUGAACAACUUCAAAAUACCGGAUUCUCAGUCGCCAAACGCUAGUGGUUCAAGUAAAGGAAGCAGUGUGGGGUCGUUAGGCUGGGUUCUUGACAGCAAUUCAAAACCCCCGCAGUCUCCAUCACAUUUUGAUGAUCCAAAAUUUAUGCAACUGCGUGAACUCUACAAAUUGUCAAAAGUCUUGUUUGACUUUAUAUGUCCCCAAGAGUACGGGAUCGAGGAUGGCGAAAAGCUUGACAUUGGCCUGUUGACCUCGCUUCCUCUUGCUAAACAGAUCCUCAAUGACAUUGACGAUAUGAAGAACAGGGAUGAGCCUGCGUGUGUGGCAUACUUCACCAAGGAAUCUCACAUCUAUACACUGCUUAAUAUCAUCUACGAGAGUGGGCUACCAAUGAGAAUUGCGCGCAAUGCCCUUCCAGAACUAGACUAUCUGUCUCAGAUCAACUUCGAACUUUAUGAAAGCAGUGAUAGUUCAGGUCAUAAGUCUCACGCCAUCAGACUUAAAAUGUCACCCGGUUGCCACACCCAGGACCCCUUGGAGGUCCAGCUUGAUGAGAAGCAUUACAUCAGUUGUAUUCCUAAGCUUUCUCUCACGAAACACUUGGACAUAGACUAUGUUUCUCAAAAAUUGCGCAACAAAUUCAGCAGAGUGAUCCUUCCACGACAGUUCACGCCGGUCAACAUCACAAGCCCUAACUUGACAUUUCAUAGAACUCCGUCGUCGUCGUCCCUCAACAGCUCGUCAGAAAUUCACCAGAAGUGA